UGUUCUUGGCUGGCUGAGGCCGUGGCCCUGCCGGGUGUUUGGCAGGUGUCAGGUUUGUUAGUGGCACUUCCCUGGGCAGGAAGGGGAUGAGAUGGGUGCCCUCCCUUGGCAGUGACUAAUCCUGGAGGAUCUGAUGGGCAGGCUCUGAUUGAGAGGCUGUUUGCAUCGCCCAGCCCCGGUGCACUUUUCCCUUGGCUGGCAUUUGCACACCGGGACGUGGCUGGUCAGAGGCAGGAGCAGCUCAGGUACCAGGGGCACAGCCAAGCCCAGCUCUGAGCCUGGCUUAGAGCAGGAUUCACCUGGGAGCAAAGCUGCCCUGUAGCCCAAAGCUUCUCCCUCACGGUAAGUUCAUUUUCCGUCCUUGCCGUGUCCUGGUGGGAUGGGAUGGGCCCAUCCUGGGAUGGCUCCAACCACGGCUCUUUGCUCCUUGUUCCAGGAGCGAGAGAUUUCAGAGGAGCACAACAGUGUCCCUGCUUCCCUGGGCAGUGUUUGUGUGGGCACUAAGCUCCAGCACCUCCUGUCCCCAGGCCGGGAUGGGUGAAUCCAAGGCGUCGGAGGUUCCCCAAGUAUGUGAUGCUCUUUGGUUUGAUGCUGCUCGGCUGCUCCUGUCCUUUCUGACUGGCUUUGUGGUGGCACGUUGGACUUUGGAUCUGCUGGUGCCAGGUGGAUGCUUAAGCUGGGUUUAAAGUCUCCCCCAUGGGAUUUUGUGGUUGAAACCCCACUGGGGGCUUGUUUUCCCUCUCUAAUUAUCUUUUUUUUUUCCUUUGGCCUCUAACCUGUAGGGCUGAAGCUCCUUGGGAAGUGCCGCUUGCUUGGCUUUGAUAAGCUCUCUAAACCAACCUUUUUGCAGUAAACAAAUGUGAAUUUAAAUAAAUAAAUCCUUGGGGAACCCUUGCACCUGCUUGUCUGCAGAUGCAGAUGGGCAAGCAGGGGGUGAUGCCUCUUGGGUGGGGUUUCAGGGUCAGCUCUGAUGGGUUUUCCCUGUUUUCCUGCUGCAGGUGACCAGCCACAAUGAGAGCUGCGGCCCCUGCCUGAUCCCUUUCCUGCUGAUAAAAAUGAUCAACAAGUCUCGUGAGUCCCCCAGGGAUCCCCUCUGUCCAAGCAGGGAUGGGGAGCCUGGGGAAUUUGCAUUUGGAAUUCUGGGGGUUGGAUGCUGCUUUGCUGUGGUUCCAGUUGAGUGAUGGAGUGUUGGGGUAUCACAGGUGGCAGUGGGGAGGGUGGGUUUGGGCACCUUGAUCUCUGGGCUUGGGCAUCUGGAACCCUUUGGACUUUGUUGUACAGAAAUGGGGUGGAGGCACACGGAAAAAGGGAUAUUUGCCUAAUCUUUUAUGAAAAGCAGGCAGGAGGAAGCAGGAACGUCACAGUGGUUUUUUAAACCUGAGAUAAAACCACCUGACUCAUCUUAGAGCCGCUCCUCUCUGGGCCGUGGUGCCAGCCAAACCUGCUCCCUGAGGAGAGGGCUCUGCCAUCCUGGCUCUAGCUGGGGAUGCUGUGGGACCCCACAAGCAACCAUCUAAACCCCAUGGCUGACAUUGGUUUAUCUCUCCCCCUCCCCUCUGGCCUUGCAGGAGGGAAGAUACUCGGGGUGCUGGCGCUGUUUCUGGUGAUGGUUUGGUACUCGAUCUACCGGGAAGACAGGUACACACAGCUCUUUUAUUUCCCUGUACAAGAAAACAACAAGACAACGUGUCCCCUUGGGGAGGUGGAAAAGAAAGCGGCGCAGCUCAUCGGGAACUACACGAGGGACCACCCACUGUUCUUGCAGCUGAAGGACUACUUCUGGGUGAAGACGCCGUCGCUCUACGAGCUGCCCUACGGCACCAAGGGAAGUGAAGACGUCCUGCUGCGCCUGCUGUCCAUCACCCACUACUCCCUGCCCGAGAGCAUCCAGAGCCUCAAGUGCAGGAGGUGUGCCGUGGUGGGCAACGGCCACCGGCUCCGCAACAGCUCCAUGGGGGACACCAUCAACACCUACGACGUGGUGAUCAGGCUGAACAACGCCCCAGUGCAUGGUUAUGAGCAGGACGUGGGCUCCAAGACCACCAUGCGCCUCUUCUACCCCGAGUCAGCCCACUUCGACCCCCGGACCGAGAACAACCCCGACACGCUGCUGGUGCUCGUGCCCUUCAAGCCCAUGGACUUCCAGUGGAUGGAGGCCAUCCUUAACGACAAGAAGAGGGUUCGCAAAGGGUUUUGGAAACAGCCCCCGCUGAUCUGGGACGCCAACCCGGAGCAAGUGCGCGUCCUCAAUCCCUACUACAUGGAAGUAACUGCUGCUAAACUGCUCAACCUCCCCAUGAAGCAACCACGGAAGGUCAAACAGAAGCCCACCACAGGGCUGCUGGCCAUCACCUUGGCACUGCACUUCUGUGACCUGGUGCACAUCGUGGGCUUUGGCUACCCCGAUUCGGCCAACAAGAAGCAAACCAUCCACUACUACGAGCAGAUCACACUCAAGUCCAUGGCCGCGUCGGAGCACAAUGUGUCACACGAGGCCGUGGCCAUCAAGAGGAUGCUGGAGCUGGGACUCGUCAGGAACCUCACCUACUUCUGAGGGUGGCGGGGCAGCGCAGGUACACCGUCCCCAGGACAAGGAGACACCGUCCCCUGCAGCGAGGGGACACUGCGCUGGCACGGCCGGAGUGACCGAGGGCAGAGCAUCGUUGUCACCGCUGCCACCACGGCCUGGGACUCCUGGAGCAGGGCCGGGGCUGGGCCCGUGCUGGACCGCGGGUGCCCGGGGUGCUGGGGCGGCUCUCGGGGUGCAGGGAGCCCGGCGGGGCCAUGGCCCUGAGCCUUUUCUACUGACGCACUGAAGCUACCGAGGACUCGAGGGGGUUUUUGGGGUAGGGGGGUCCUCCCUCCCAGCGGGCCUGAGGGGGUGAGCCAGGGCAGGAGCCCUUGCCCUGGACAUUCUCUUUCCCUUAAUUCCCUCAUACACUGACGAGGGCCCUGCUGAGGGGCUGAUUUUGGGGUCCUGGCCCCUCCCCGCCCAGGGAAUGGGAGCCUUUGGAGGUUCAUGUUGCCUCCUCCCUGCCCUGGGCCUCCCCCCAAAUAUUUAAUUCCCUCCCUUUUUUUUUAAUUUCCUUUUUUACUUGGCGGCCCUGUCCUGUGCCUUAGCGCUGGCGUAGGGACUUGUCCCCACAGCCCCCCUGGGUGGGGGCACCCUGGGCUGCUUGGCUUCGGGGUCUGCCAGGGCCCUUUGGUGGUGCAGAUUAAUUUAAUUAAUUUAAAUGCU